AUGAACAUUACAGGAUUAAGACAUAUUCCUUUAAAUUAAGAUCAUCUUGUAUAGGGAAGCAGAGUUUCACUUAGAAAUUAUCAUGAUCAUAUGAGUUAUGAAAGAGGUUUUAUAUAACAUUCAAGAUCUCCAAACAAUUAAUUGAUUAAUUACCACUUUUUAUUCGGAGGAUUUAGAACUUAUAUCCUUUAAAGAUUUUUAGUAUAAACAAUUUAUAGACGAAACGUUAGAAUUUUCUGGUUCCCUGUACUUUUAGGAUAUACAUUUUGCUGUGUUACUAUGAGAAUGUAUGAUAAUGCAUGCUACGAUUAUUUCUAUUUCUCAGAUUGA